ACAAGCACACAUUCAGCUGCAAACCAACACAGGCCCAUAGCGCUGUUCAAGCACAGGGACAGAGCAGCUGCCUGCUGCCUCCAGAGCCUGGACAACCACACAACAGAGACAUGAAGACAGUGGCGUCUCAUCUGCUUAGCUGUGGUUUCACUCUCCGAUCUUAAUUUCCAGUGAGUGUGGGGUCAGCAGGGGCACACGGCCAUGUCUCUUCCACUGGAUAUACCCGCUUACCACAAAGACCCCUCACUGGAGACGCUGGAGAAACAACUCAUCUGUCCCAUCUGUGUGGAGGUCUUCACCAAACCAGUGGUCAUUCUGCCCUGUCUGCACAACCUCUGCCGCAAGUGUGCCAAUGAACUCUACCAGCCGUCUCUCUUCCAGGUUGGAAUCGGAGGACGUUUUCGCUGCCCUUCCUGCCGACGUGAGGUUGUCUUGGACCGUCAUGGAGUUUAUGGACUGCAGCGCAAUUUACUCGUGGAGAACAUUAUUGAUGUUUACAAACAGGAGUCCGAAAGCUCUAGGCCUCCACCGAAGCCUCCUGUACUGUUUAGCUGUACGGAGCAUGAAGAUGAGAAGCUUAAUAUUUAUUGCCUGACAUGUCAGGUGACCUCCUGCUCUCUCUGCAAAGUGUUUGGGGCCCACAAAAACUGCCAAGUAGUUCCACUGCCUGAUGUUUACCAGCAGCAGAAGGCUGAACUCAGCGACAGACUUGCUACUUUGGUUUCUACAAAUGAACGCGUUCAGUCAUUUGUUAAUGAACUAGAGGCACUCCACAGGAACAUAGAGGAAAACAGCAGAAUCCAGAAACAGAUUUUGUGCGAGAAGUUUGAUCAAUUAUCUGCCAUUCUGGAGGAACGUCGUAAGAUCAUGACCCAACAAAUCACCUCUGAGCAGGAAGAAAAGACUGGCUGGACCCAGUCUUUACUGGAUAUCUACAAUGAGCAUGUAGACACAAACUCAAAGUUGAUCCAGGCAGCCCAGAAUGCCAUAGAGGACCCAGAGAUGGCUUCUUUUGUGCAGACCUCACAAGAUCUUAUUGAAAAGGUUGGUGAAGCAUCUAACUGCUUCACACAGGAGACACUAGAUCCUGACUAUGAGAAGAUGGAUCACUACAGAGUUGAUUUUGAUGCAGAGGAGAGAGCUCUGUACCAGCUGGAUUUCAUGGAGACUGAAGAAGAAGUGGAGGAAACACCUGAUGAACCAGAGUCAGAACCAGAGUCUGAACAUGAACCGGUGCUGACUCCAGAACCUGACCCUGAACUGAAAUCAGAGGCUUCUGAGAUGAUGAAUCCCACACCGGAGACAACAGACGACACUCGUGGACAAGCAGACAGUUGUACAGACAUCAGAAAAGUGGCUGUGUGUGAGAAGAAUGGCUUAAGCACUUCACAGAUUGUCACUCUAGUCUUUUAUUUCCUGGGCUUUCUGGUCAUCCUCCAGCGAAUAUGGGGAAACAUUCAGUGCCUUAUUUGUAUAUAGCAGAGAUGAAGAGACAGUCUGCAGAUUGGCAGAGCUGUCAGCUCAGCACUAGAAGGAGAGAGCCCUCUAGUGGACACAAGUGAGAUGAUUUGUUUCUGUUUCUACUGGCUCAAGCCUCCAAAACAAAACCAGAAGCUCAAAGAAAGAAUGGUGACUUGCAACUGGUCAGAAUGGGUUCUCUUCCCUUCUUGAAAUCUUCUUUGUGUUUGUGCAAAAAAAUAAAACACUGUAUACACUUAUUUUGGGAUCUGUUUUUUGUUUGCCCAAUAACAUUGACUGCUCUUGCUGUAAUAGUCAUUGAAAGCUCUUGCCAUUUGUUAGAUGAGUGCUCCAAGACUGUAUCAUUUGAAACAUACAGAUUUGGUUGUAAUGAGAUUAAUAUUGUUUAUAACUGAUGGAUUUGUUAUGGGUGUAAUCUUAAGAGUUGGCUUGAACUAACAUACUGGUUUUAUUUUUUUCUCAUUGUGUCAGCAUUGACUGUUUAAUGGUUUGUGCAAUGCAUUAUAUACAAUUUUGAGAAAUUGUGAAUUAUUGUCAUAAAUGUGUGUUUUCCUCAUUGUGUCAGAGUAAUACAAAUGAGUUUAUUUUUGGUUACAGAGCAGAACAGGACAUGCAAAGGAUAAACACUGUGGCCAUGAAUUAAGAAUUUGUUCAAUUUGUUACUGGCACAACAUUUAUUUUUUUAAUUCCACAUGUCUUGCGGGGCUUUGUAUGAUUAACAUCUAAUUGAAAGUUCA